AUGCCCGCACAGACUGCCUUCCAACUAUCCCUCCCCAUCGACUCGAGCCGCGUGGGCAGGCCCAGGCUUAAUCGCUACUUCCGGCUCCUGUCCAGAUUCUACGAGCCGUACCUUCUUCUAUUCUGUCUGGGACAGACGCAAGAGGGCCACACGCCUUACCCCGCGUCCGUAUCGGAGCACCAGGAGCAGCGGCGACAGUUUAUGCGGAAUCUCGCCGUCAUAUGCGACUACAAAAAAGGAGGGAAGUCAUUCACUGCCUUUGCUAUCUCCCGUGACGGCCAGCACAAUGUUUACUGGUUGGGAUCUCCGCAGGCGCAGAAGUGUGCGCGCAUGCUUCGCGACUCACUCAAAGCCCUUCUCGAAUACGCAACUGCGCCGAGCAAACUCAAAGACAAUUUGCAUUCUGAUUUCCUACGCAUGCCAUUAUGUUUUGUGUACAAGACCUAUCCAAACGCAAGGCCGAGGACAAUGACUCAAUGGUGCAGCGGCGAUCCAGCGAAGGUCUACCGCCGGAAAAAUGUGGCUGCUUCGCCAGCGCUAGGCACUCCAUCGGACGCCUGGCGGCUCGUAGUCAAAAUCGUCAAGAAGCUUUUUACUCCAAAACGGCCUGAUGCCGAUAGCCAGACGACCGUAAACGGCAUUCUGCGCCGGAUGCUUCCCGUGGACAAACAGGCCGAGUUGGACGAGCUGAAGCUGAAGCUCGAGGCGAUGCAACAAGACAGCAGGCUACUAAACAAUUACAUGGACAACUAUCGGUCAUGCAAACCAGCCAUUGUACACACAAGCCGGCUUGCUUCUGCUGCAAGCUUCUACCUCAACUGGGGUCCCCCCCAGAUCGAGAACUUCGAUCCCAAAGAUGCAUCCUCGAUCAGGCAGCGGGACCUGAUGAACAAGAUAAUACAAGCUGUGCGGGGUGCGGCGCUGGACCAACUUUGGGGAAGGAGGCAUCCCCGUGACGGGCACCCAGAUUCCACCGCUGGUGUUCCCAGCGUGGCCCCGUCUCAAGUUACCCUACGCGGGUGGUACAAUGCAAGCAAUGUGGGAGCUCUUCCGCAUGAGUCAGCGCGGCUCUCUGAUUUUGACUCUGGAUAUUCGUCGAGUGCCAUUCAGGGCUUGCUCGAGACGGACCUAUCCUUUACUGGCGAUGUUGUGACUUCUUCAGGCAUGACAGGGCCAGAGAAACAAAUUCCAGAAAGCUCGGAUGACGACGAUUCGGAUGACGAAGAGGGCGGAGCGCUCGUUUAG